CAAAAACCGGAUCAUUCCUAACAGAUUUCGCGUACGCGACGCACACUUCGAGGAACCGGAAGACGAGAGAGACACGCGCAACGUUUCCAGAAUUUUUUCUAAAAAAAGUGUUUCAUAAGGUGAUCAUUAUAUUUAGUGGAUGAGUGCGAUCAUUUCUUUGGAUUUUUAUUUUGAACGAUAGUAUUUGUUUGAACAAGCUGUCCAAAGAUGACUAAGCUAUCUCUAUUGAUAGUCGCAUUAUCGUGCAUCAGUCUGCAUGGCGUCAAAAGCGAAUCUGGUGUUUUCAUACUCUCCGAGAACUUGCAGCAAGUGCUAACUUCAACGGCUCUCCAAUGGGUACAGGCCAACUCGCAAACCAAGAACUUCGAUAACGCUGUUAUUGGAUCCUACCAGCAUAUGCCAGAUGUCGGCACCGAAGACAAUGUAGCAGCGAACAGUGUUUCCGGGCAGCCCGUCUACGUGUGCAGAGCCAAGCAAAACGGUAUUUGGGUUUCCGGUCAAAUUCGGCCCGUCGAGCGCAAAUGCAUUGCGUCCUUGCAUGGAUCGGUGCACGCUUUCGAUCGUUUCGAAGUGUUGAUUAACAUAGAGAACAGCGCCCGUCUCAGUUGGAUCAAGAAAGAUAAGUUCACGUUGAAUCCCCAAGGAGCUGUGGCCGGUGGUGAUGAACCCUACCGCAACUACGUGGCGAGGCGAAAGCACGAAAACAACGAACACUCGAAUUCGUUGACAUAUUUACUUGGGAAAUUGGACCCGUCAUUAAAUUUGGGCAAGUACACCGUUAUCGAUGAGAAUAAUAAGGAAUGGGAAUUCGAAGACGGCGAGAUUCUGGUGGAAACUGAACCGAUCAAGUACGAGAUUUCUAAAAUUAAAUUUGAUAAUAUCAGAAAGCGCGUUCAGAGGAAGGAACACGUAUUGGGACAUGCCGUGCUGAAGAACGAAAAUAACGAUGGAGAUGUCAAUAAGGUCGAUACAGUGAUUACGUACAACUACACCUACUUAUUGAACUGGGGUCACGGCCACGGCAUGCUGAACGGACUACCAUUCGAGGUGAAAUUGUCAAACAAUCUGCUCGAAGGCGUUUGGGGGAUCAGAGAAAAAAAGGAUAAGGUCGAAGUGCAACAAAUCGAAAAGUUUUUGGCUACCGGCACUGCCGUCAAUAUUACUUUGAAUGGAAUAUAUGAGGUAUCAGAGAUACCCUAUACAGCUGUGGUCACGGCAAUCUACAAAGAUAAUGAAAGGAGGGAGAGGGUCAUCAAGGACACGAAAAGUGAAUCGAAAAUGAAGGAAGUUCAGCAAUCGUCCGGUCCAGUUUACUUCAUACAUAACAAUACGUUCGUGCCAACCACCACGACGACGACGACUACAACUACGACCACAACUACCACUACAACAAGGAGAACAACUACUACCGAAGAAGUCGUUCCGAUCGUACCACCGGAGGUUGAGAAACCUUUCGACAAGAAAAAGAAAAUCGACGACAUGGCUUCUACGCAUGGUGGCAAACAUGAAAAUAGUAUGAUGUCCGACGGAGAGGCUUCCUCUUUGAAGAAAAAGGAAGAGGCAAUAGCGAAAGAAUCCACGGCCGGUGGAGAAAAACAAGCCGCCUUAGCGAGCGCCUUCUUGCUUGUCGGAGCCGUAAUUGCUCUUAAAUUAACGUAAAUAGGAAGUGGAUCAGUGAUCUGUUCGCCGGGCUUCUUGCUUGGCUUGCAAAUAUAUAAAUGUGAAUGGAGUGUGUGAGCGCGCGUAUGUUACGAGUGUAUAUAUUCCAGCUUGAUUAUGUAUUCAUUAUUAGUCAUUUAUUUUAUUUUUUCUUAUUUUUUAUUAGAAUUCUUUCAUUUUCGAAUUAAUAAAAC